CAAGAACAACCAAGAACAACUCAAUGCUUUUAUACCACACGAUUCGAGACAUUCCAGUGCUGCCUCUUUACCAUUUUCAUGUCACAUUCUACUGUAUCAACUCACAAUCAGUUGAAUUUUGACUGUUACUGUAAGCAGUGAGUACAGAGCACUGCUGUAUACUUAUAUAUACAUCAAUAUACAUUUCAGCACUAUUGGUAGUAGGAAUUGAAAUCAGAAGCAUUGAUAUGUAUAUACAUAUUUGUUAUUCUAAACAGAAUUUCAAGUUUCUUUAAUUUAAAUGCCCUUUAAUUAUAAAUUGUAAUAUAUAUUAAAAUAGUUAAUAAGUAAUUUAGCAUAAACUACUAAUAUAGGUUUACAGAAUUGUUGAAUACUGCUACACUAUGGCUUCAGCUUCAAGCACAAGUGCUCGUAGUUUAUUCGUUGAAUCAAAAAUGAGAUUAGCUGAUAGAGUACAAGUUAAUGUAAAUAACAUUGCAUCCCUUGCAAGGCAAAUACAAAGAGGUUCAAAAAGUAGCGAGAUGUUAAUGCAUAGCGCAAAAAAUUUUGCACAACAGGAACAAGGAUUAGAAACUGCUGAAAAUAAUUUAAAGAAAGUUGCUCUUAUAACAACUCAUUUAGAAUAUCAAAUGGAAUCUAUCAAUAGAAGUUCUGUGAUUUUAGAGCAAGUUACUGAACAAAUACGUGCUAUGCAAAGAUAAAUUGUAAUGAAUUCAUGAAUGAAUAGCAUAAUCAUAAUUUUAUAUAAUUUGUUACAUAUUUUUGAUACAUUUGUUGAUAUGUUAGAAAUUGAUCUUCUUGAGAUUUAAGUUUAUGAUUGUAUAUAAAUAGUUAUAAAAAAUACUUUACAUCAAUACUGUAUGGUAUUAAGGAAUACAUGUAAUGCAUUAAUUGUUUUUCUAUUAUUUUAUUCUGAAUUAAGGUAUUCUAUCAAAGAUUUCCUUGAAUUUUUUAAAUUCAGUAUAGUUUUUUGUUUUAAUAGUUUUCAUGAAAAUAUUUAUAAACAUACCAUUGAGAUCAAAUCACAUUAUUCACGAACAAUUUGAGACGUUAUUUUUAUCUUACGUUUAAAAAUUUAAGCAAGAUAUGUACUGCAUAUGUAUACAAAUGUAUAUAACAGUCCGGGUUUAAUAUUAAAACGAAAAAUGACAAAUAA